AUGGACAAGAGCGGUCCUGUAAGGGGGAGUUCCUGUGUGGCUUGUGAUGACCAGAGCGGCCCUGUAAGGGGGAAUUCCUGUGUGGCCUGUAUGGACAAGAGCGGCCCUGUAAGGGGGAGUUCCUGUGUGGCCUGUAUGGACAAGAGCGGCCCUGUAAGGGAGAGUUCCUGUGUGGCCUGUGAUGACCAGUACGGCCCUGUAAGGGGGAGUUCAUGUGUGGCCCGUAGGAAUCAGUACGGCCCUGUAAUGGGGAGUUCCUGUGUGGCCCGUGCGGACCAGUACGGCCCUGUUAGGGGGAAUUUCUGUGUGGCUUGUGAUGGCCAGUACGGCACUGUAAGGUUGAGUUCCUGUGUGGACUGUAUGGACCAGAGCGGCCCUGUAAGGGGGACUUUGUGUGGCCUGUGGGGACCAGUAUGGCCCUGUAAGGGGGGGGGGCCCUGUGUGGCCUGUAUGAACCAGUACGUCCCUGUACGGGAGAGCUCCUGUGUGGCCUGUGUUGGCAAGUACGGCCCUGUAAGGGGGAGUUCCUGUGUGGCCUGUAUGGACAAGAGCGGUCCUGUAAGGGGGAGUUCCUGUGUGGCCCUUGAUGACCAGUACGACCCUGUAAGGGGGAACUCCUGUGUGGCCUGUAUGAACCAGUACGGCCCUGUAAGGAAGAGUUCAUGUGUAGCCUGUGUUGACCAGUACGGCCCUGUAAGGGGGAGUACCUGUGUGACCUGUAUGGACAAGAGCAGUUCUGUAAGGGGGAGCUCCUGUGUGGCCUGUAUGGACCAGAGCGGCCCUGUAAGGGGGCAUUCCUGUGUGGCCUGUAUGAAACAGUACGGCCCUGUGAGGAAGAGUUGA